AUGUCCUCUCAGUCAUUAUCCAGACGAACCGAGCACAUUCAAAUUCCUCCAGAACUAUGGCAAAAAAUUCUCCGACACGCCAUCUUUGUCCCUCUCUUCUUCGAUACAGAUCCUGUAACGUCAUACGGCCUUGCCUCCCUUCCUAACUAUGAGAAUACGUCGGCGUACUGGGAGUCUGAACGUACGAGGAACAAUCUGCGACGCGUAUGCUCGACCUGGGAUGUAUAUCUCCAACGCUUUGCGCACCGCCUAGUUAAUCUUGACGAUGUAAUCCACAACCGUGCCCCCAUUACGGCUCUACCGCUCGCAUAUAGAAUUCACAUACUGAUGUGCAAGUGCCUAGAGUGCGUAAAUGAUCCACAGGAGAAGCUGAGCCUUAUCCAACAGAUAUCUGGCUCUGACCCACCCUAUAACCAGCCAUGGCGGGUGAAGAUUCUGAAGAUUGAUGGGUAUUGGCUCCGCGAAAACGCUUUCCUGACGCUUCUUGCCUCUAGAUCGCGUGUGCGCGUAUACAUCCGACCAAGGGCGGCUCCCAUAAAUUCUAUAAUUGAGCAGCAACCCUCUUCAGAUUUACGGUUUUACAGAGGUCUGCUGGUGUCGGAUAUUCUGUGCGUUCAGAGCUUGUCUACACUCCGACUCGCGCUGGACGCUUCGCGUAUAUCCUGCAUACCUUUGAUGCCAAAUCUCAGACAUCUCUCCGUUAUUUUGAUUAAUGGAGCCGAGUCUGUCGGAUGUGGCCUUUUCGUCGACUGGCUCCAAACGGGAGGCAAUCAACUCUUCACUUUGUUUUGGAGCGUCAUUGAACGCGUCAAUUACACGCUUUCUACUCCUAUCUGGUCACUCUGUCCAUACAUCACGUCACUUCAACUCCCAUGCGACACUCUUUGGUCGUUCCCGCCACCAACACACCCAAUUACUCACUUUCGACUCAAUUUGGGGUUUAAAUCGAACGAGGAGCGUUCAAACUGUGAAUACUGUCGUCUCUUCCAUCCAUCCCUGACACAGCACGCAGGGGCUCCUAUAGACGACAUCAUACGCUGCGAAACUAUCAACACAGUCUCCUUUGAUCUACCAUGGAGCAUGGCUUUGUACUAUUUUGGUGAUAAAGAGGAUGUCGCGUGUCGCUAUCGGUGGUUGAAGAGCCAUGGGAUCCGGUAUAUCGAUACAAAUUGGCUGACGUUUGAAGAAUAUGUCAUCUUUGAGCUAGAGAUUGCGAGAGGACUGGCGACUGCACCGAAUCAGAGCUUUUUCUUUUGA